AUGAAUGACUUCAACUCGGGACCGUUAAAAGAAUGUUUCGAAUUGUUCAACAAAUGUUAUAUCUAUUUCUUUAUUAACAGUAACUCUACAUUCAAUAAAUAUUGGAAAUUAUGCUGUCUUGUACCUUUUGUGAUUGUACAUAACAUUAGUAUACUUGCAUUUCUUUGUAAGAUAUUUAACGAGGAAGUUAACGCGUUUGUAGUGGCUUACAUGAUCCCUGUGUAUUUAGUAUCUUUGCAAGUGUUUUAUUGGAGCAAUAUUCUCGGAACGUGGCUACAUCUCUUAGGGCCGUUGACUUCAGUGCUCUUUCGUCGGUUCAUUCUAGGAGAGUACUGCGAACUUGCACUACCAUUCGGAAGUAUAUACCCGUAUGAAUCAACAGACAGCUGGUUAAAAUAUUUGGGCACAUAUGCGUUUCAGGUUUAUACUAUGAGUUGUGAAGUGUACGCCUACGUUGGUUCUGAAUUUUUGAUGAUAGCACUUUGUGCAAAUAUAGCGAUUGAAUUUUCAAUAUUACGCGAGGACCUGCUCCACGUUGCACCAUAUUUUAAGACGGACAAUCCUCGCAAUCAAAUGGGAAUCGGAUUAGAAACAAACUCUGAAAGUAACACGAGUUCAAUUCAAGAUUUUAUUCGUCGACAUCAAAUGCUUAUUAGAUUAGCAAAACAACUUGAUGACAUAUUUAACAAAAUUAUUUUCAUUAAUUUACUCUUCGUUACUGCAACAUUGUGCUUUUUUGGAUUCGCAAUUACGGUGGCACGUGGCGCGGUUGAAACUAUGAAUAAUUUAGUAGCAGUUCUUGCAUUGUUGUUGCCAACUUAUACACUUUGUUACUACGGUGAAUUAUUGAAAGAGGAGAGUUCAGGCAUAGCGGAAUCAGCAUACAUUAACAAUUGGUAUAAAGGAGAUAUGCGAUACCAAAAAAUGAUUAAUUUCAUUAUAAUAAGAUCGCAACGUCCUUGUUGUCUGACAGCAUUAAGACAUGUACCAAUUACAAUGAUAAUGUUUACAAAGGUACUGAGCACAACUUGGUCAUAUUUUUCGUUAGCCACAAGUAUUUAUUCAAGAGGCAAAUUAAUUAUACCAGCUGCAAAAUAA